AUGAUCCAGGCAGGAGAUCCGACUGCCACUGGAACUGGUGGGGACUCUAUUUACGGCAAGUUAUAUGGCGCUCAGGCGAGAUUUUUUGAUGACGAACUGCCAAAAUCAAAGGGAAGGUCGCAUGAAGAUCGAAGUGGAUUAAUUGGUAUGGCAUCUGCAUCAGCGAACCAGAACGCAUCGCAAUUUUACAUUACCACAAAGAGCGAAGAUAUGGCAUAUUUGGAUGAUCAACAUACUAUUUUUGGUGAAGUAGCUGAAGGAAUGGAUACUUUGAUGAAAAUUAAUUCAUUAUUUGUGGAUAACGAUAACCGACCGUAUCAAGAUGUGCGAAUCAAACACACGUACGUCCUUGAUGACCCAUUUCCGGAUCCAAAGGGAUUGGACGAGCUGAUUCCUUCGACAUCGCCUACUCGGGAACGGUAUGAAGAAGAGCAAGUGGAGCCAAGACUUGCAGCUGACGAAUCACUUGAUGAUUACAAAGGCAAAACAGAACAAGAAAUUGAAAAGGCGGUGAAAGAAAAGGAAGCCAAGUCUCGUGCUGUGGUGCUUGAGAUGAUUGGAGAUUUGCCUGAUGCAGACGUAAAGCCUCCAGAUGAAGUGCUUUUUGUGUGCAAAUUAAAUCCUGUGACCGAGAGUUCGGAUUUGGAUAUGGCGUUUUGUAGAUUUGGACCAUGCAAGUCCGAAGUGAUUCGUGACUAUAAAACAGGCGACUCGUUAUGUUUUGCAUUUGUUGAAUUUACUGAUCGCCGACACUGUGAGGAAGCUUAUUUCAAGAUGAAUAAUGUGUUGCUGGAUGAUCGACGUAUUAAGGUUGAUUUUAGUCAGUCGGUGUCAAAAUUGUGGAAUAAAGUCAAGCGACGCCCGUGGGAAAAGCCAAGCAAGCGUGACGGCGAUUCGUGCACUGAUAGGAAAAGUGGUCAACAUGGUAAAGGUGGUCGUCGAGAACUGAAUAAAAUGUUAACGCUGAAGUCGCGCAACGUAGACGACUUUCAACUUGUUGAGGAAGAGGAAGCGUCUUCGUCUUCACAUCGUGUGGUGUCAGCGUUACAACCUGGUGAUCGUCGACGCAGUCUUUGUCGUGACAAUAGUCGUCGACGAAGUCGUAGUCGUGAAAAUGGUCGUCGACGAAGUCGUAGUCGUGAUAGUAGUCGACCGUCUUGUCGGGAGAAGGAGUUGUCCCGAUCGAAGCGAUGGUAUGGAAGCAGUCAGAACCGGGAGCAAGCCCACCGUCGACGUAGUGAAAGAUACGAUCGACGAUCACGAAGCAGACGUAGACGAAGUCGGAGUCGCAGCAACAGCUCUAAAAGCGAAUCGGGUCGCGAUCGGAAAAAACGUUCUAGAAGAUAA